AUGUCCGUGAAAGUAGCUAUCCCUUACUACGACGGUCCUUUGGAUCCGUCGUCGCCUAUUGCGGGUGUCUCUACGAUAGAAGACACCAGUCCGCAGAUUGUGGAUGUUGUGGACAUUCGCCCAUCCAAAGCCUCAUUUACUCUGGACAACAAUGGAUUUCAAAUUGCCAGGCAUGACUCUAUUCUCAGUCGCUCGCCCUACACAGCGUCUUCUUGGACUAAUCAGAAAAUCCGUGAAGAAGUCUACGACCCUGAGAUAGCCGAGCUGGCAAAGGCCGUUACCGGCGCCAAGAAGGUGAUAAUCCUAUUAGCUUCUGCACGCAAUGCGCCAUUCAAGGAAGCUGAGAGCGCCCCGCCGUACCCCCAGCCCUCGUCCUCGGAGGAGGAUACUUCACGUUCCAACCCCUCAAGUCAAGUGAAAGCCAAAGUUCUUCCGGAACAGCCUCUUACCACACGAGGAAAGGGAUUUGCAGAUGGUAUUCGAGAGGGCCCAGUCCGCAAGCCUCACAAAGAUUGGGGCACCUUGGGCGCUCGCAACACCUUACGAAACUGGAGCCAUGACCUCCGCACUGAAGCUCAGGACAUCAUUGAAGCAGAGGAUGAGGCCGAAAGGCUUCUCGGUGGCAUUACGAAGAACUACCAAGGGAGGAGGUGGGCCUUGUACACAACGUGGAGGCCGCUCAAGCCAGUGAAGCGAGACCCUAUGGGAUACGUGGACUACUUUUCGAGCACAGAGAAUGACGGUGUGAGCUUUUGGCGGAGCCCUCCUGGAAUCAAUGGCCCCUUUAGGUCUGACGUGGUGCUCACCAAGGCCAACCCGCAACACAGAUGGUACUGGCUCAGUGAUCAGACGCCUGACGAAGUGCUCUUCAUGAAGAUAUUUGAUACGGAGAGUGAAAAAGAGUUGAGCUCCGUAGCUGGUGGUGUGCAUCAUUGCUCCUUCCAUAUUCCAGGCACGGAGCAGGAAGAGGUCAGAGAGAGCCUCGAAACGAAAUUCAUAGCCUUCUGGUAA